AUGGGCCAAAUCAGCAAGAACCGAACGCACAAACAAAACGAGAGAUUUCGUUAUCCACACUAAAGCUCGUUAGCUUCUUCUGCCAAAUUUUUGCAGAUCGUCAGCUUUUCUCUGACCGCUAAACCCAAAAAGAAAAGAAAAUGGCAGCUUCUUCACCGUUUCUCCUUCUACCAUUAGGUUCAGCAACUAGAAAUGGUCUAACCAUCAAGAAUCCAAAUACAUCAAGAUGUAUAGCUACAAGAGUCAUAGCUUCAGAGACAAGAGACAAAAGCUGUAAAAUCAAUAAUCUUUCUAGCCGUAGGGACGCAUUGCUACUGGUACUCGGCGUGUCAGGAUUGUCAAUGAACUCGCUUGCGGCUUAUGCAGCCGGUUUGCCUCCAGAGGAUAAACCGAGACUUUGUGAAGCCGAAUGCGAGAAAGAGCUUGAAAAUGUUCCAAUGGUAACCACAGAAUCAGGGCUUCAGUAUAAAGAUAUCAAAGUCGGUACAGGCCCGAGUCCCCCGGUUGGUUUUCAGGUUGCUGCUAAUUAUGUGGCUAUGGUUCCUUCAGGGCAAAUUUUCGACAGUUCUCUGGAGAAAGGUCUACCGUAUCUGUUUCGCGUUGGGUCUGGCCAGGUGAUCAAGGGACUUGAUGAAGGAAUCUUGAGCAUGAAAGCUGGUGGCAAACGCAGACUCUACAUUCCAGGGCCUUUGGCGUUUCCAAAGGGUCUAACCUCAGCUCCAGGGAGGCCGAGAGUUGCACCAAACAGUCCAGUGGUGUUUGAUGUGAGCUUAGAGUACAUACCAGGGCUCGAGUCAGACGAAGAGUGAAACUCUUUUUUUUAAGUGCAAACUAUUGUUUGCAAUACACAUCAUUUGUGAUGCUAUCUCAUUCUACUUUCAUAUUUCAUUGUAAAAAAAAAUUACCUCAGCUUUUCAGUUCCUUCACCAUUAGGCCCCAUCUUUCUUUUCACUUGCAAAUUUUUACUCUUGUUGAAAGAUGAUGAUUAUGAAUAUAUCAAAUUAUUAAUCAAGCC